AUGCCCGACGACUUCCCACGGCGCAUCAUCCUUGAGAAAUCCAGCACAGUCCGACGCCGGUACCAGCGCAGCAACAAGCGCUUCCAGUUCACCCCCACGCAACUUGCCAAGAUUGAGCGCGAAGAGAAAGCCAUCGCCCGUGCUAAGGACCUGCGAGAGAAGGAGAAACAAAGACUUGCUAAGAAGAAGCAAAAGGCUGAGAAAGAGGCCAAGGCCCGCGAGGAGCGCAAACGCCUCGGUCUGCCCGAUCCCAACGCUCGGAAGGUCCCAUCGAGUCAGCCGCUGCUCUUGAACUUCUUUGGUGGGAAAUCGCCCGCUCGAGAAGCACCAAAGGAGGAGUCGCCGAAAGAGGAACCGCCAAAGGAGGCAGCGCCACUGGAAGACUCGCCAAAGGAAGAAUCACCAAAGCAGGAAUCAUUACCAACCGAUCUCACUGCUACGACUACGAAGACAGGCGAACAUGAUGGCGGAGAUAUGGAGACGAACAGCGCGGGCGGCGACACCGAGAUAGACUCGGAUUUUGACGACUUGGACGAGGAAAUGGAGAAGGAAUUCGCCAAUCUUGACGAUUUGCGCCCGUUGGAAGAAUCGGGAACCCACAAUGCCAAUGAUAACUGCAAAGAGAGCCUGCUCUCGGCUCAGGAUGACGACGACGAGUUCUCCGACUGUUCCGCAUUCGACGAUGAAGAAAUCAUGAAAGAGGCAGAGGCAGUAGCAAAUAUGCGCUCAGCACAGAAGCCACCAACUAUCAAUGAAUCCCCUUCAAACAACCCGGCACUUCUACAGCCCCCGAAGUUACCCCACAAAGGCAGGGCCUCCCCGAUCGCCUCACUCGGAGAUUCCUUUCGUGAUGACACCGCAGAUUACCUGGAAAAUGUCUUUGCCCGCGGCUGCGGUGAAUCCUUCAGCGAGCUGAUUGGACUCUAA